AUGAGUAAGAUUGAGAAACUAGUUGAGCAUGUCAGAAAAAUUACUAACGAAACCAUGAUCUAUGCAUAUGAACUCACUGAUGAAACUCUAGACAAAGCAAAAAACACAUUACAAUAUGCGAAAAAAGUUCAAGAUUCGAUUUCACAAGCAUUACUAAAUGAGCCAAAUGCUGAAAUUGAUGGACAAGAUGCUUUUAUUGUUGUUUCCGUAAGUAUCCUCCCUCAAUUAAACAAUGCUGUCAAAGAAUUAGAAGAUGCGAUUCAAAAUUAUAAUCCUAAUAGUGAACAAGUAAAUGAAGAAGUUGUUGCUGACCAACAAGUUGAUGACGAGCUUGAUAAUUUAUUCAAGCGCGAUAUUACUUUCGACAAGGAAGAAUAA